UUCUAUUUCAGAUGGCAGCUGUAUAGGUGUGCAUCUGUUUGACCAACACUGAUUUGGCGCCAAACAUUUCAUUUGUGAUACAAUUUUACACAAUCGUCAAAUAUAUUUUAUAUUUCGUGUUUACUUUUGAAUAAUGGCCUAUGAUCGAAGUUCGAUGCGUUAUGCGCACACCGAUGGAUUCACCAACGUUACUUUCACCGAUGACGAUGAAUUCAUAAUUACUUGCGGCUCUGACGGGGACAUCCGCAUGUGGCGUGGCAUAUACGACGAUGAUCCCAGCUCCACUUGCCUUGGUGAGUUCGUUGUGUGUAUUGCACAUAACAACAAACGUCUACUGGCUUCCACCGACAGAAAUACUGUACAAGCAUAUACAUAUCCUGACCUGGACAGUGAUGGUACUUUAAUGCGCUUUACUGCACCAGUGACUUGCCUUCGUAUGCAUACAAAAUAUAUAGCUGCUGGUUCAGAUGAUACAAACAUUAAAGUCUUAAAAAGUGAUGACAGUAAAAGCGAAUUGCAUUUACAAGGGCACAGUGGUCCAGUGCUAGGGCUGGAUAUUUGCCACAAAGGUGAAUUGCUCGCUUCCAUAGCAGGGGAUGGUUAUUUGAAAAUUUGGAACCUAGAUCAGGGAGGAGCAGAAGUGAAAAGUGUCAGUGGCUUGCCGAAAACAAAUAGCUUUGAGAAUGCCGAGUAUUUCGGAACACCUUGCUUCGAGCCACAGAACAGCAAAGCAUUGGCUUAUGUUCAAGGGAAAGAGGUUUAUGUACUGAACACAGACACAUGGGAAGUGAAAUUUACACUAUCCGACGACCGUAUCAAAGGAGAUUAUACAUGCUGUCGCUUUUCGAAAGAUGGGCAAUUUCUUGCAGCAGGUACAACAAAAGGCGAAAUAAGUGUUUUUGAUUUUUUGCGCAAGCAAUCUUUGAAGACGGAACCUCCCGCAAGCGAAUGUCAAUCCAUCACUUGCAUAACUUGGAAUGCAGCAGGCAAUGAAUUGGCCUAUUGUGAUGUAACUGGUCAGUUAGGUACGCUAUUUCGUACGAAAGGCACAAAUGGAGGGGUAUUUGCAGAUGGUGAAUCGGAGGAAGUUGAUUUCGGGGACAUUCAAUUCAAUGAUGAUAACGACGAUUUGGUUAGCGGCAGUGGUUUGGGCGCAGAUGAAGAAAAUCGUGGAGAUUGCGAUGACGAUGAUGGCAUUUCAAUUGAACGUCUAAAAAACCAAGUGAUGCGCAAGGCUGAUGGCUACGGUGAUGGCCUGGAAGAAGACACAAGAGACUCUUUACCCAAAUCUGUGAAUAGCGAUAUUGAGACACAAGCAUUAGUAAAAACGUUCAAACAACAACCUGCUUUCCAGCCUGGCUCCACACCAUCUAAUCUGGAACAUCGUUAUCUUGUAUGGAACGAUGUGGGCAUUGUAACCGCUCACACAGAAGGAGCGGAUGGUUCAUUAGACGUGGAAUUUCACGAUGCCAGCAUACAUCAUUCACUGCAUAUUCCGAACUACAGCAAUCACAACAUGGCUAGUUUAAGUACUAGUGUUCUGGCAUUGUCAGCGGAAAACGCAACAAAGUUGGUUUGCAUUGCACUGGCUGCAUCCGGCAAUAAGGAAUGGUCAGUCACAUUUCCGGAUUGUGAAAGUACCGAGGCGCUGGUCGCUACGAACAAAUUGGUGGGGGUUGUAACUAGCAUGCAAUUUUUGCGUCUAUUCACCGUAAUGGGCACACAGCGUGAAAUAAUUUCUAUACCCGGACCAGUAUUGGCAGUUGCUGGCCAUGAAGACCGUAUAAUAGUGGUUUAUCACAGCGCACCGCCUGGCACCUUUCAACAGCAUUUGUCCGCUAUGCUUAUACAAACGGCGGGAAUGCAGUUACGCACGCAGCACCUUGCAGUACCUUUAACCCCAGAGCGGCGUCUAACAUGGUUAGGUUUUUCGGAUUGCGGCUCACCAGUAUUUGCUGACUCAAUGGGUUUGUUGCAGUUGUACAGUCUUAAGAGUCAAUGUUGGUAUCCAAUCUGCGACACUUUAAAACAAAGUCAAAGUGUAUCGAACAAUUACUUCGUUAUUGCUGUGUCUGAACGUACCCAAAUUAUACAAGCGGUUUUGUGUCGUGGCAGCUCAUAUCCAAUGACAAAUCCGCGACCAAUGACACAGGAAUUGAAUAUGCAGUUGCCCAUAUGUGAUGCCGAAGUGGAAAAAUCUGAAUUGGAGGAUACUUUGGUACGUACUUCUAUUAUGUCCGUGGACAAUGCGGAGAAGACCAUCAAAGAAACCGCAAUCAAGCUUUUCGCAUUAGCCUGCCGUAGUGAAAUUGAAAUGCGCGCCAAAGAACUGAUUGAAACUAUAGCCUGUCCCGAAUUAUUGCUGUUGGCUGUGAAAUACGCUACAAAGUUGGGUCGUAUUCAUCUUUCCGAUCGUUUGUCAGAGCUAAUGCCCCAACUCGAAGAGCAAAAUCAACGUGAACAACAGGAGUUGCACGAAUUUCAGCAACACCACAACAUCAUAGCAUCGCCCGUCAUGCAUUCACAAAGUUCCAGUUUGGGUAACAACCCGACAAGUAGCUUCCGAAUUGCGCCAAAGGCCAUGGAAUUAACACAUGCGAGACGUGCUUCACUGAAACGUUUUGCUCUAUCUAAUUCACCGGCUACUUUUGGCAAAAAAUCUGCAACAAUGAAUACGGCUGAGCAGCCAUCAUCUCCAACACCGACAACCACAAUUUCCGGGUCAAUUGAAUCGCAAGAAAAUUUUCCUGACAAAAAUACAGAAACAUUAGACGUCAGUAAUGGAGAACUAAAAGAAGUCACGCGUACUCCUCUUAACGCAGUGAAUCCAUUUGCGGCCAAACGCAAGCACUCAGAAGUAGAUUCAACGAAUAAAGGCGGUGUUUUAAUUAAUGGAGGCAAGCUGAAGAUUGUUAAAAAAUAAUUAAGUUAAAUACUAAUACUUUGAAAUCAUAUAGUUUGUAGCCUUUUAAGUAUAGUAUUGUUUUUUUGUGUUUUAAAUAUAUUGACUUUGCACUCAUAUUCAGACAA